ACUAUGAGCGCAGUUUCUUUGUUUGUGAUACUGACUGCACUGGCAGUUAGCUCUGUGGUCGAGUCUUGCCCUCCCCCGGAAUGGGCUGCUCUCAUGGCCUUCAAGGCUUCUUUGAAUGAGCCCUACGUCGGAAUCUUCCGUUCCUGGAGAGGCACCAACUGUUGCUACGGCUGGUACGGCGUCAGCUGCGACCCCACCACUCGCCGCGUCGUUGACGUCACUCUCCGCGGCCUCCUCGACGAUCCUAUCUUCAAGCACCUCAACCGCACCGGCUACAUGUCCGGUUCCAUCUCCCCUUCCAUCUGCAACCUCACCCAACUCUCCACUCUCUCCGUCUCCGACUGGAAAGCCAUUUCCGGCCCUAUCCCUGGCUGUAUCGCUUCGUCCUUGCCUUUUCUCCAAAUCCUUGAUCUCUCCGGCAACGUCUUAUCUGGAAACAUCCCCCACGACAUUGGGCGGCUCCGCCAGCUUGCCAUGCUCAACCUCGCGGACAAUCAUCUCUCCGGGAGGAUCCCCAGCAGUCUGGCGAAUCUCUCCAGCUUAACGCACCUUGAACUCAGAAACAACGCGCUGCAGGGUCCCAUUCCGCAAGACAUCGACAGGCUCCGAAUGCUGAACAGGGCCCUGUUGAGCCACAACAGGAUCACGGGCCCGAUCCCCUGGACGAUAUCGAGAAUAUACCGGCUGGCGGAUUUGGACCUAUCACUGAAUCGAAUAUCGGGGCGGAUUCCGAAGGCGCUCGGCGAAAUGCCGGUUCUGGAUACGCUGAAGUUGAAGUAUAAUAAGAUAAGAGGGGGUGUGCCGGCGAGUUUGCUGAGUUCAAGAAUGAGCCAUAUAGAUUUGAGCAGAAACAAGCUAGUAGGGGGCAUAGCGGACGUAUUUCACGAAGGAACGUAUUUCAUAAAUCUGGAUUUAUCGCACAACAAAUUGAGGGGUGGCAUACCCAGGUCGAUGAAGUUGGCCAAGUAUAUAGGUCACCUGGAUUUGAGUCACAACCGUCUUUGUGGGAACAUUCCAAAGGGUGCGCCCUUUAACCAUCUCGAUGCCGCCUCCCUCCAUAACAAUCGAUGUCUGUGUGGAACCCCCCUCAAACCUUGCUAAUCCAUUUCUCACUCAUUAUGUUAUCAUGCGUGCUUGCUUUGUGUCUGUGCCUUUUUCAUGAAUGUUCCGGUUUGUUGGCUUGGCUUGAGUUUGGAUAUAUAUACAAUGCGAUAUAAUCUCACUUUUUUUGCUUAACUUUUAAUUCACUUGGCUU